AUGAUCGUCGUCAAAAUUAUCCUUAUGACUAUCAUAGUUGUCAAUAUUAAAAUUUUUCUUAUCGCCACCGUUUUUAUCAUUGUAAUUGUUUGUAAAAUCGUCACCGUUACCAUUGUUAUCAAUAAUGGUAACAACAAUGACAACACUUACUAUAAUAAUGUUGGUGAAGAUGCCGAUCAAAUUAAUGAUAAUAACAAUGACGAUAAUGAUGUUAAUGACAAUCAAGAUGACGAUUCUGAUGAGGACAAUGUCGAUGACAAUAAUACUGAUGAUAUCAAAAUUAUCGGUAAUAACGAUCAUAACAAUGAUAACAAUAAUGAUGACAAUGAUGGCGAGGGUAAUGACAACAAUAACGAUGACAACGGCAAUGACGAGAGGGACAAUAAUUGGGACCAUGAUAACGACAAUAAAAACGAUGGUUAUAACGAUGAAAUUAAAGAUGACUAUAAUGAUGGUGAUAACUAUACCGACGAUAAUUACGAUGAUGAUAACAAUGACGAAGUCAGUCAUAAGAUCGACGACAUUGAUAAUAAGAAUAUAGAUGACGUUGACAAAGUAGCAAGCGACAAUUAUAAAAAUUAUGAUGAUAAGAAUGGUUAUAAAACGAUUGUUAUAAUAAGGAUUAUGUAG